GGAAACUUUGAAGAAGCAGGAUCUACUCUGGAAGGAAACUCUAAGAAAUUGAAUUUCUUUUCACUUAGAAUUUAAAAAGGAAAAAAUCAAAACUUUAGUUACUCUUUUCAUCAGCUGAACAUGCGCUUUCCUAACUAAGCUGGGACUCUGUAUAAUAAAGGAUUUACUUUAUCUCACUGGAUCCAUGCUACGUUUUACUACACAUGUUCUUGAGGAAGAAGUGCAGAUAUGGAUCACGUAAGCUGCAGUUUCUCUUGUUGUUGCUGAUGCUGGGCUUUUUGCUACUGAUGGUUACAACACUGAAUCCACCACCCGACAGCCAGAGCAAAGAAGGGGCUUUCCAGCCCGUGGAGUUCAGCCUCCGGGAAGGGCAUCGGACGGACUUUGCGGAGACCCAAGAGAUGCUGGAAACCCAGGAGGAGAGCCAGCAGUACUACCCUUUGGACGGGCUAUCGCCUUUCAUCUCUCUGCGGGAGGAUGAGUUGAUCGCGGCCGUCGUGUCGCCCACCGGUAAAAGGAACCACAGCAAGGCCAGGAGGGGCUAUCGCGUGGUGAAGCAGCAGAGCAGGCGGCCGGAGGCGAGGGUAGAGGGGGACCCGGAGUCCCAGCCCCUGUCCCUUCCUCUGCAG